UUGCCCAAUGGCAACCAUGACAAUGGAAGAGGAAUAUCUAGACUCAGAGGCUGAGACCAAGACCCCGCGAGGCUCCAGUGAUGCCUGUGACGACGCGACCCCCCACCACGAAUGUCACUGGCACUAGCGGCGGGCCCGGGCCAUCUCCACCCGGCACGAAGUGCCCCUCCAAGGCUCCAACCCCGAGAAAUUGGCCCUGUCGAUCCCUGGCCAGCGCAUCGCGGUCCCUGAAUGCCGGUCUCACUUUGUUCUUGCUUCAUCCUCUUCAUUUUCCGCGUGCCAGCACGAUCCCUCUCUCACACCUCCGCCCUAACAUUGCACCUCGCACUACGCCUAUUCCCUUUUGUCGACUUAUACUGCAUGCAUGCGGUCGUGAUAGCGCUCCAUUAGCCCGGCAUGGACGCGCUUUCGGCGCUGGCAGCGCGCUUCGUUGGGCCCCUCAACGCCUGGAUUCAAGCUACACCUAUCCACGUGCUGCUCGCUCUGUUCGUCGCGUGCGUGCUAUGCGCGCUCGUGUCCCUCUUUGUCGUUCUCCAUCUCGUCGCACCGAAACCACGACCCGUCCUCCCGUCUGAGAAGAGCUACAUCACCUCCUCGUCGAACUCGCCCGAGAAGAGCACCGCCCCUCAGAUUUUGCCCUGCUGGUACGACCGAUGGCUGGCAGAGCGCCACCUGAGCGAGAAGAAGCGGCUCGCUCCCAGUGACGCGGAUAACGACCCUGCCCACGAGAUCGGAUCCAUCGAGCGAGCUGGGCUGCGACUCAGCGUCGUCUUUCCCGCCUACAAUGAAGAGAAGCGCGUCAUCCCUACUCUGGAGGAGGCUGUGGACUAUCUCGACGAGCAUUACGGCCGACCCGGCGCCCCCCCUGCAAAGACCACCGGUGCUAUGAGCCAUCUUGGUGGCAGACACGCGCAUGACGAGGACACGUCUGGCUACGAAAUCAUCAUUGUCAAUGACGGCAGCACGGAUAGGACGGUGGAGGUUAUCCUGGACUUUGCGCGAGAGAGGAAGCUGGAUGAUGUGAUCCGCAUCGUCACGCUGGAGAAGAACCGUGGCAAAGGCGGCGGUGUCACGCAUGGCCUGCGGCACGUCAGGGGCGAGUACGUGCUGUUCGCGGACGCGGACGGCGCUUCCAAGUUCAGCGACGUCGGCAAGCUCAUCGAGGGCUGUGAGGAGGUGGUCGAUGCUUCCCACAGGGGCGUCGCCAUUGGGAGUCGCGCUCACCUGGUCGGUAGUGACGCCGUGGUCAAGCGCUCCGCCCUGCGUAACUUCCUCAUGCGCUCGUUUCACCUGGUCCUCACCAUUCUCACGCCACCGGCCACGUCACGCAUCCGCGACACCCAGUGUGGCUUCAAGCUGUUUACGCGCGCUGCCCUGCCCCACAUUGUGCCGUACAUGCACGCGGAAGGUUGGAUCUUUGACAUUGAGAUGCUCAUGCUCGCCGAGUCUGCGCCGGCGAUCCCUAUCCUGGGCUCCGACGGGUCGGUCAUCGGCUCCAGCGCGGGCAUCAAGGUGGCCGAGGUGCCUAUCGAGUGGCACGAGGUCGAGGGGAGCAAGUUGAAUGUGGUUCAGGACAGUCUCAAGAUGGCCAUUGGCCUCGCGGUCCUGAGGGCGAGCUGGAUGAUGGGAGUCUAUAGAAGACGACUCACAUAGGCAUCCACGAGGCCACGCGUGACCUACGGAGACAGAUUUCACAAGGGGUAGAAUCUUGAGACAAUGGAAGACGCUUAGGAUAGAGGUAAACCUUUUGAUAUCAACGGUUCAUGAAGUGUAUAUGUGUGCAUUAUAAUUAAAUUAUACAAGCAUGUCUAUGCAGCUG